CUUCUCGUCCGAUGUUGCGCACAGAUCUGACUCAGCUACUGGGGAUUGAGCAUCCGAUAAUGUGUGCCGGGAUGGGCUUCUUCGUCACAGGACCCGACCUUGCUGCUGCCGUCUCUAACGCGGGUGGUAUCGGCACUAUUGGCGCAGUUGGGCUCAAUCCAGACGGCUUGAGACAGGUCAUAAGAGAGCUCAAGGCCAAGCUCGCUCCUGGCAAGCCCUACGGGGUCGAUUUGUUACUACCUGCGGACCCAUCAGAGAAUCCCAAUGCUAGGAAGACCAACAAGGACUAUAGUGGCGGCCAGUUGAAGGCAUUGGUUCAAGUUAUGGUAGAUGAGAAAGUACCCCUUUUCGUAUGUGCAGUAGGAGUACCCCCACGUUGGGUGUCUGAUAAACUCCAUCAGAAUGGUACUAUCAUUAUGAACAUGAUUGGACACCCUUCCCACGUUGCCAAGGCAAUCAAUGCGGGAUGUGACAUUAUCUGUGCUCAGGGCACAGAGGCUGGUGGCCACACUGGGGAUAUCGCUACUACCGUUCUAGUCCCUAUGGCAGUUGAUUUGUGCAAGGGUCAUAAAAACUACUUUGGCUCUGAUGUCCUAGUUGUAGCCGCUGGUGGUAUCCGAGAUGGCCGCGGGGUAGCGGCGGCCCUUGCCUUGGGAGCCAGCGGGGUUUGGAUGGGCACCCGUUUCCUGAUGACACCUGAGUCUAAUGUCGAGCCUAGGGCGAAGGAGGUUCUAUUGAAAGCCGAUCUCAAGACGGCGACUAUGCGCACUACUGCGUAUACUGGGAGGCCUUGUCGAGUGAUCAAGAAUGAGUUCGUGAAGCGUUGGGAGUCCAAUCCGAGUGCUCGAGAUGAGCUCCUUGAAGCUGGUAUUAUACCGCUGGCUAAGGAUCUCAUGGAUGACAAGGUCAAAGCAACAUCUUUCUAUGGCCUAAUGGGUGACGGAACAGGCGCACCGCUCCGCCGUAAGGAUGAUCCAAAACUCGAUGAGAUAGUCGACCCGAACAACUCCGCUUUGCUCGCUGGGCAGUCUGUCAUGGCUAUUGAUACAUUGAAGCCAGCGGGGGAGCUACUCCAUGAGAUCGUUGCUGAGACCGACAGAGUCCUCCGUCAAAUCACCUCUGUGAGGGUGUCGACAGUGGCCAAGAUGUGA